AUGAUUCUACCGUACCUGGUAACAUUUCUGUUACUUUUAGUACCGCCUGUCACUUCAUCAACGGCUAACAUCUCGUCGCUGAUCGAGGCGCUUGGACCCAACAAAUUAUGUUCUGUUUAUGAUCCAUUCAAGGUUUUGCCCGAGAAUAAUAAGUUCCAAAUCGGCGGUAGCUUCCCACUUCAUCAAGACGAUUGUACUACUCUUCGACCAGACACUGUCCAAGAAAUCGUCGCCAUUCAAUGGGCGCUCACCCACUGGAAUCAAAAAGAUGAGAAUGGAGAUUGCAAACUUGGCCUGUACGCCGGAGAUACCUGCUCGCGGUCAGCUGAAUCGCUUUCUCAAUCUCUUCGAUUCCUAGAUUCUGUAGGAUAUCAUGAGCCAAAAGAGUGUAGAACGGAAACUCCUGGAGCCAAACUGUUGGGAUUGAUUGCACCAAAAGACUAUGAAUCAUCAAUGUCUCUUGGAAAAUUCCUCUCGGUUUCUGCGAUUCCAGUAGCCGCGUAUUCAUCAGAAUCAGUGAAUGCAUUAACAGAACUUGAUGUGGAAAACACGAUUGCCACAUCGCCUACCAUCGGAGUUUAUGUUGAAGCAUUGAUUAGGCUCAUGAAUCAGAUGAGAAGUAAUUUGGUUACUGUAGUGGAUGAUGGAUCUCAAAACCCGGUUACCAAAAGAGUGAUCUCCUAUCUCCGUGACGCCGACAUCUUCGUCUCUGAAUCUAUUCCAAUCGACCAUCCAUUCUUGGCUCAAGCUCUCGAAGACAGUGAUUCUUCCAUUGUUGUCAGUAUUCUGAAUAAAAAACAACUGAUGAAAACUGUCCGUCAUCCAUCCAUCUACGCCAUGUCCAAAAUGUGGAUCUCAAUUCCAACUGAAGGAGAAGCUCUCGAUGAAUCAGAACAGCUCGAAUUGCUCCAUAAAGACGCCAAACUCGAAAUAGUUUCUCUUCAACCAAAAUACAAAGAACUGCCACAAUUCCGUGAUUACUUCAUUCGAGUUCUUCGUAACAACUUCAAGAACUACCAACUUUUGACUUCAUACAUCGAGCAAGUUUACAAUUGCACUAACGAAGAUUGCGAUCUGGAUAAGGAUGUGAUGAUGAAGAGUUAUGUUCAAGCCAGAACGGCUGAAGCAUCCAUCAGAAUGACCUACGCAUUUGCCGCAGUUGCUCAGAUCAUCGGAGCCAACAAACAAUACGAAAAAACGUGCUCGCACGCCUCCGCAGAAUGCACCGAAUUGAUAAUGGAGACAUUGGAAUCAAUGGACUACGCAUUCAACAAACAAGAUCCACCAGAGUUUGCAGGAGAACGAUUACAAUUCUACAGAGGAACUGAAAAUAUUCUUUUGGCAUCUGGAAUGCAAGUGGAGGCAAUUGAGAUCUACAAUCAGGAUGAGGAACCAGUGACUUCACGUCUUCUGAGUUUCACAACUGGAUCUCCCCCAACUGUUAUCAUGUCUUCAUUGAGAUCUGCUGACCAGAGACUUCGAUCCAUUUGCGCGCCAUACCGACCAUUCUGUGGACAGUGUCCUAACCUUCAGAUCGUUAAUGCUGAUCACCACUUCCUGUCCAUCCCACGUCACUACCCACUCUAUUUGGUUGGUCUUUUCGAUCUUCACAGUGGCCAGACUUGUCAAUCGAUGGCUCACACUGACAUCUCCCUUCCAAUGGCUUUCGUUCAUACCGUUUGGACAUUCAAACAACGAUUCCCACAACUUGGACUUCUCAAAGAUCUUGACUUCGGGGCUCUUCUCAUCGACAGUUGCUCAUCGGGAAAACAAGCAAUCGAGUCAGUGGUUCGUUCCGAAACUCAAUGCUUCCGAUUCAAUCAAGCUGGAAGAAACAUUACCAUCGUCCCGAAAUCAGUGUUUGGAUAUGCAAGUGCACUCCAUGGAGACUCUCAAGAAUCUCUAAAAGGAUAUUUCUCAUCUGGAGACACUGAUGCUGCUCUGGUUUCUGUUGACUCUGAGCAUUCAGCUCUUCAAAGAUCGUUCACUGCUCUUCCAUCUUCCAGAAAUCAAGCAUUGGCACUUUUAAAACUUUUGAAUAGAAUGCAAUGGCAAUUUGUGACUGCUGCAUUGAGCGAACAGGAUCCAGAAUCCCUUUCUCUCUUCAGAAGUUUCGAGCGUCUUGCUCUUGAUCGUGGAGUCUGUCUAGCCGAAGUCAUCAAUAUCGGAGGGUCUCGUCUGGAUAAUGUCCGUAGCACCACCAACGUCACUAUCAUCUUCGCCACCGCCCGAGACGCUGCCGACUAUCUCGUCGCCUCGAAAACACAACGUGGAAACCAUGUGAAUGUAAUGAUGGGAGAUGCUCAUGACUGGUAUCUUCAUGCACCGAAUAAGGAACAAUUCCCAGGAACUGUUUCUGUGCAACCAAGAAAUAUUCUCUAUGGAGACUUCCGUGAGUGGCUGGAAACAACGACCCCAUUGACUCUUCCGGAACUAUGGUAUUGGUCGUAUAUUGAGUCAAGAUAUGGAUGUGCUCUCAGCCAAAAGAGCAAGGUUAUCUAUGGAAAGAUGUGUACCGGAGACGAACUUUUGAACAUUGAAUCUCUUGGUCGUAUGACAAAGGCUGGAUACCUGUCCCGUGGAAUCGAGCGAUUCCUCUUUGCCAUGGAUUCCGUCUACAAGAACUUGUGCCCAGCUCAAAAUGGUCUCUGUCUUGAGUUCUACGAACAAGGACGCAAGCAGAUUCUGACCCAACUUAAGAAGACGUCGACCGAAGAUGACGUGGAGAUCUACGAGUUCCUUCCAGACAUCAACAACCAUUUCACAUACCAUUUGAUUGCCAACUGGACACUAACCACUGGAUUGAGAAUGACAAAUCAGUAUAGGAGUGGAAAUGGAAUGAACACAGAGAGCAAGUGUCAACCACCAAUGUGCAAGUGUUUCCUCGAUGGAGACUUCUUCCAGAGACCUCUCGACUCUUUUGUAUUCCGUCCAGAUGAACCAGAGGGAAGUGAUCAGUCAUCUUACAUCAAGAGACAACCAGCAUUUGGAUCUGAGAAGGUUGAAUAUCAAUCAGUCUUCGAACACAUUACUUCUGGACACUGGAGAGAUCAUCCACAUAAUUAUGUCCUUCUGGCUCUCAUCACAGUUCUUGUAGUGGUUGCAGUUGCUGUAUUAGUCCUUGUUCUCGUGAAACUCUACCUUCGAGUCGUCAAAGGAAAUCAAUCAUUGGGAAUUUCACUUCUAAUCGGAAUCAUUAUUCUCUAUUCUACCGCUUUCUUCUUCGUAUUCGAUCCAACUGAUUCAGUUUGUAGAUUGAGAGUUAUUCUCCACGGAUUGGGCUACACUAUUUGUUUCGGAGUGAUGAUUGCCAAAGCGACUCAACUUCGAAACGCUGAGACACUCGGAUUUGGAACUUCGAUUCAUAUCUCAUUCUGGAACUAUUGGCUUCUUCUCUUCUUCAUCGUUGGAGUUCAAAUCGCCCUUUCGAUCAGUUGGUUCUUGGAACCGUUCAUGUCAACGAUUGGAGUGAUUGAUACCAAUGUACAGAGAAUGAUGUGUACAAUGGGAAAAGUCGAGUUUGUAGUCUCCAACUUCUACGUAAUGAUUCUGAUUCUGAUGGCACUGUUCAUCAAUAUGCUCAAUAGAAACAUCAAGAGAAACUACAAAGAGACCAAGUGGUUAUUGUACUCGACAGUCGGAUGCUUCUUCACUUGGGUCGCAUGGAUUACUCUGUAUUUGGUCCUUGGUCACGAAUUCAGAGACACUGUCAUCGUCGUGGAACUCAUUGCAUGUGCCACAAUUCUUCUUGGAUUCCUCUUCGGACCAAAAAUCUAUAUUCUUCUUUCCUAUGAACCAGUUGUAGUUGCAUUCAAAAGAGACCCAUUUCCUAAUCACACUGAUCUCUUUGAAAAAGACGAUGAUCUUCCAUCCCAACGUGCCGUAUCACCAGCCUCAUCAACGUCUUCUUCGUCCAACCGAUCGUCAUCUGGUUCGUCAUACACAUCAUCCUCAAAACGACCAGUGAAUGCAGUUGGUCCGUUGCCAUUACACAAGAAUAUUGAGGAUCAGUCUCCGAUAUUUCAUACUGUCAUGAGAAAGAAAACGAAGGUUCGUAGAUCGAACAGCGAACAUGAUACAAUUAUGAACGUUGGCAUUCCAAUGACAUCAGUUCCAAUCAUCCGAAGUCCAUCGGCUCGCGACGAGAAAGUGCAUCGAGUGGCCAUUUCGCCACCACUUCGAGACUAA